AUGUCGGCUGAGCAGGAAGACGUGGAGUUUAUAUCUGAAUACUUCCCACAAGAUUACGUGCAUCUCCUCCCAGAUGACCAGCUCAAAGCUCUGGUUGAAUCCCACACGCGCUCAGAUGAGCUUCAUCGGUUAACUGAGACGGCAUCCAUCAAUACGGAAUUCACCGCUUCGGAUUUUGUCACUGCGAAGGUCAACGAGUUAAGGGCCCAAGUCAAUCAUAUUGAGGGCUGCAAGUCUGCGCUCCAAGCGCUCGUCCGAUGCAACUACCUACCACACAUCGAGAUAUUCGGGUAUCUCGACGAUCUCCGCAGUGACUCCGCACAACUUAUAAAGGAACUGUUACUCAUCAAGCAGCAAAGGAAGUUCAUAGAAGAGGAUAUGGAGUCUGAUGUUCAUCCGGGCUGUUAUCAUAGCGCAAUGAGGUUCAAAAUGGAGGCGGUGUCAAAUGAUGACUCCGACAGGAACCUGUUCCUAAAAUUGGUGGAUGAAUGGUACAUCGAGUCGGUCGACAUUUCGGAGAGCUUCUGUCACGUUGUUGGACUGUGCAGCUCUAAAAACCUUGAACCUGUUCGCUUGAUACCCAAGAACCUAGAACAGGGGCCAAUUGCCCAUCUUUUUGGAGUCGAGUCCAUCAUAAUGGGUGACCCAAGAAACGGGCUUAUGCUCCACAAGUCGAUCGCAAAGGCCCUGAAGGCCGGUAUUGUGGUGAUUGUGCCGGUAGAGGCAACUUCUGAAGUGGAGGAACUCAAAUGGAAACUGGUCGUCACCAACCCGCUCUACUACAAGCGUACUGCCUUCGAUGACGUCAAAUGGGAGGCAAGCGGAAUUUCCCUAUCUGAAGAAUUCCUUCUUAACGGUCCGUCCGCCCGAUUCCUAUACUUCCGGUAUCUCAUGACAUACCUUAUUCUCAAGGCCAAAGGUCCGCUAGAAUGGGUCCACGACGCCGAAACAAGCAGCUGGGGAGCCCCGGGCCGUUACCUCCGAAGAUCAAUGCUCAUUAACCUUCUCCGACGGGUCGCUGGCCCCUACAUUCCUGCGAUAUUUUACAAUUCCACUACGUUCACCACUGUGAAAGACGAGGUAACCAUGUCGCAGGAAGACGAAGAUAUACUUACUAUCCAACUUUUAGAUGGUAUAGUAUUGGCUGCCGAGAUAGACAGCGUUAAAUAUGAAGAGUAA